UCCCACCCGGAUGUAUUUUGGUGGCGCACACGUUACUUACAAUGGCAACAUGUUCGAUAAGUAGCGUAGCCGACGAUGAACUAAACGACCCAGGAGCCGCUCCUUAUGGCAACUUUAUAAACUAUUACACCUUCAACCCUCCGGAAAACCGUCUGAGCCUCAUUCCCGCCACAUUACUCCAGGAUUUAGGUUACAGCGACGGCCAUCACGCCACCCUGAUCCUGGACGUUGGGUGUAAUUCAGGGGAACUGAGUGUAGCCUUUUACAAGCAUCUGGUCCAGGAGCCCGAGUGCCAAGAGGAGUCCGAUGAGAGGAAAGUUCAUCUCCUGGGCUUUGACCUGGACGAGAUCCUCAUUCAGAGGGCUCAGCCGAACAACCCUCUGCCCGGCAGCAUCUCCUUCAUCACCCUGGACGUCACUAAAGACACCGACCAGCUGCAGCAUUACCUCGACCAGCACGGCUGCUCCAACUUCCACCUGUGUCUGUGCCUGGCGGUCACCAUGUGGGUCCACCUGAACCACGGAGACGCAGGCCUGCUGCAGCUGCUCUCUCGCCUGGCCUCCGUCAGCCAACACCUCCUGCUGGAGGCACAGCCCUGGAAGUGCUACCGCUCUGCAGCCCGGCGGCUGAGGAAGCUGGGCCGCUCAGACUUUGACCACUUCAAGACCCUGAAGAUCCGGGGGGACGUAGCGGAGCAGGCCAGGGAGCACCUGGAGGGACACUGUGGCAUGGAGCUCAUCCGGAGCUUCGGCAGCACUACGUGGGACCGAAAACUGCUUCUUUUCAAGAGGAGAUGAGACGUCAAGAGUUUCCAUCUGCUGCUGCUGCAGGACCAUGACCAGGAAGAGAAAUCAACAUGGGGAAGGGGAGAACAUUUGAAAAGUCGAAUUGUUUAGAUGAUCAACAUUAAUUUGCAAUGAUGAUGGCAGUGUAUUGUAAAAGUCAUUUUUCAAGCAAAAUGGCAAAAAUGAGCCGGUUCCACUUUUACAAAUAGAUCUCUGGGUUUUGUUUUCUUGGUCGGACAAAACAAACAAAUUGAAGAUGUCACUUUGAGCUCUGGCAACUGCUGAUCUACAUGUUUUAUAUAUUUCCUGACAUUUUGUACACCGAUUAAUCCACGAUGACAAUUAGGGCAACAAUCUUCAAUUAUUGAUUAAUCUGCAGAUUAGUUUUUCAAGUAAUCGUUUUUUUCUAUGUGAAGAAUGUUUAUCAGUUUCCAGAGCUUGAGCUUUCAAAUAUCUUGUUUUGUCAAAACAGUCCAAAAUCCAAAGAUAUUCAGUUUACAAAUCAUUUCUAAACUAAAUGAUACAAAACAGAAAAGCAGCAAACCCUCACACAUGUACUUGAUUAUCAAAAGGUAGUACUAGUUUCACUAGUUGUUGCAGUUCUAGAGGAAAGGACAAAUGAACAUUAAACAUAAAUGUGGGUAAAACCUUGAGAUACAUUGUUUUUGUCAAUAAUUUCUCUAAAUUAUCCGAUGUAUGUAAUUCACGUUUGAAAACAUAACCCAUCAAUACAAACAUUCACUUUGUUUACAUUCAUAAACGUGCAGAUUAAAUAAUAAAACAGUUUCUUUA